GUGAUUAAGGUAAGUAAAUUAUGGUAAAGCCCAUAAAUUUUUGAAGCAUAUUUUAAUUGUUUUCUGAGAUGGUGGCGAGGUUUAAAUGGAUUUAUUUGCAUUUGAGCAUGAUUAAAAAGGGAAUUUGAACUUUUAUUAUUUUCCUUCUUUUCUAGAAUUGAUGAGACCCGACGCGUGGGAAGCCUGGGGGAGUGACGAGCUAGACGGCUAGGCACUUUUGGACUUAGGUUUUUGUAGCUAAGCCGUUAGUCACCCAUGCUUGACAUAGAAAAUUUUGUGUACAGAAUUUAGUGUUAGUCAUGAUUGUAUAUAUGAAGUGAUAAAUUUUGUACAUUCGACUGAUCUGCCUUUCAUGUUUUCAAUCUAAUCUAGCAAGACCCAGAAGACCAAUUUGAACAAGUCUUUACCUUUCUCUGCAUCUGAUCGAAUAGAAAAGAAAGGGAAAAAAUGUACAGAAAGGCAUCAUAUAAUAGGAUAUCCAAUAUGGUAUUUCGAUCACGAAUUUCUUCCCUGUUGCUAUCAAUGUUUGCCACUCUCGCUGCCAUCUAUGUUGCUGGCAGAUUGUGGCAGGAUUCUCAGAACAGGGUUUAUCUGAUAAAAGAGCUAGACAGAAUUACUGGUCAGGGCCAAUCUGCUAUAUCAGUUGACGAUACUUUGAAAAUCAUAUCUUGCCGGGAACAACAUAAGAAAUUAUCUGCCCUGGAGAUGGAGCUAGCUGCAGCUAAACAAGAAGGUUUUAACUCAAAGAACUUGGAAGAUAUUGAUGGAUCUGUGUCAAAGAGAAGACCACUUGUGGUGAUAGGAAUACUAACAACUUUUGGUCGUAAGAACAAUAGAGAUGCAAUCCGGAAGGCAUGGAUGGGAACUGGUGCCACACUGAAGAAAAUGGAGAAUGAGAAGGGCAUAAUUUCACGGUUUGUUAUCGGAAGAAGUGGAAAUCGUGGUGACAGUUUGGACAGGGGCAUUGACAAUGAAAAUGGGCUAACCAAUGACUUUAUGAUUCUUGAUCAAGUGGAGGCACCAAAGGAGGUUCCAGCAAAGGCUAAAUUGUUUUUUGCUCAUGCUGCAGAUAAGUGGGAUGCUGAGUUUUAUGCCAAAGUCAAUGAUGAUGUUUAUGUGAAUAUUGACACCUUGGGAGCCACACUUGCAUCUCAUUUGGACAAGCCCCGUAUUUAUAUGGGGUGUAUGAAGUCAGGCGAAGUUUUCUCUGAACUGAGUCAUAAAUGGUAUGAACCUGAGUGGUGGAAGUUUGGUGAUAAGAAGUCAUACUUCCGCUAUGCCUCCGGAGAAAUGUAUGUCAUAUCACGAGCGCUGGCUAAAUUUGUAUCAAUAAAUAGAUCCAUUCUGCGUACCUACGCUCAUGAUGAUGUCAGUAUAGGAUCCUGGUUUAUUGGGCUUGAUGUCCAACAUUUGGAUGAAGGGAAGUUUUGCUGCUCAACUUGGUCAACAGGAGCCAUUUGUUCUGGAGUUUGAGGGUGCGUUUGGGAUUGCUGUGAAGUGCUGUGACUAUGCUUAACUGUGGUUGUACUGUGCGUAGCUAAAA